UCGACCAGACGAAUAUCAUCGGGGCGGUCAAGCGAUUGCCUUAUGUUUACCCACCAUGUUCUCUCCAGCCCCGCUCGACGUGUCUUUCGCUUCCGAGGCUGCCUGUUUGCCAAGAACGACGGUGUCCAUCGUCGCUACGCACACACAAUUCCAGCUUCAAGUCAAGACAAGGCACUCAUAACGAUUUUCGACCGCCCAAGGACUACCCACAAGUCCACCAUAUCUUCCACUGGGCUCUUCGGCCAUCGCAACCUCACCACACCUAAUGAAUUGGUUGCACUUGCUGACGCCACCGUCAUCCGUGCCCAACUUCUGACGGACCGGAUUUUACGAGCGAAGGAGUCACGGAGGGAGCUCCUGCUUGUGGUGAAAAACCUGGACAGGCUGAGCGACCUGCUUUGCGGCGUCAUUGACCUCGCAGAGUUAGUGCAGAAUGCGCAUCCUGACGUGAAAUGGAUUGAGGCAGCCAACUUUGCGCACGAAAAGUUGUGCAACUAUAUGAAUGUGCUCAACACCCACACAGAGCUUUAUUCGGUACUCAAGGUCGUGCUCAGUGACCCAACCAUCGUCAAGACAUUGCCGCCAGAGGCGCAUGCAACCGCGCUCAUUUUCUCUCGCGACUUCGAAAGCUCGGCCAUCGACUUGCCGCCAGCGAAGCGAGAUAAAUUCGUGUCGCUGUCGUCUGAAAUCCUGCUUCUCGGACGAAAGUUUUUGCAAGGUGUCACUACUUUCGGUCCGCCCGCCACAAUAAAACCCUCUGAACUUGCUGGUCUAAAAGACCAAGGCUUGGGAGUGCGGUUACGACUGCAGGCACGAUUUACCCAACGCGACCUUCUUGUCUAUCCCGGCUCGAUUCAAGCACAGAUGAUUAUGCGUGACGCCCCAGCAGAGGAAGCUCGCCGACGCGUUUAUAUCGCGUCAAACUCAAGUACACCUGACCAAAUCGAGGUUUUGGACAACCUGCUACGCUCACGGGCCGAGCUCGCACAACUCGUUGGCAAAUCGAGUUUUGCUCAGAUGACUCUGGACGAUAAGAUGGCUAAAUCACCAGAAAACGUGGGCUACUUCCUUGAUGCGCUGCUUGAUCAUACACGUCCUGCUGCUCGAAGCGCUCUGGAAGCACUGAGCGUGCGAAAACAAAACCAUCUCAAUACUCCAUCACUGCCAACCAUUCAAGCCUGGGAUCGCGACUUUUACUGCCCUCCAGAACCCCCCGCUCCACCGGUCGCCCUGCCACCCCUCACAUUAGGCACCGUCUUCAUGGGACUCUCCCGUUUGUUCCGUCAUCUGUAUGGAAUUUCUCUUCGGCCAGUGGACGUUUCUUCUGGCGAAGUAUGGCAUCCAGACGUAACAAAACUCGAAGUUGUGGAUGAGCAGAAUGGCGUCAUUGGGUGGAUAUAUGCGGACCUCUUUGCGAGACCAGGAAAGGCUAACGGUGCCGCUCAUUAUACUGUUCGGUGUUCACGUAGAACGGACGAUGACGACGAGCUUGGAGAUGGUGUGAGCCCCGAGCUGGAGGGACAAAUUGCAUUGUCUCGGGAAUUCGAGGCUGUCAAACGACACAAACUCCCAAAUCAAGACGGUGUCUAUCAACUCCCGUUGGUUGUUCUGCUCUGCGAAUUUGCGCGACCAGCAGCUCAAGCUGGAACUAUUUUACAAUGGCACGAGGUUACAACUUUAUGGCAUGAAAUGGGCCAUGCGAUGCAUUCUAUGGUUGGCAGAACUGACUACCAGAAUGUAUCGGGAACCCGUUGUGCGACUGAUUUUGUGGAACUGCCCUCAAUACUGAUGGAGCAUUUCCUAACGUCCCCAACUGUGCUUUCUCUGUUCGAUGCAGAAAGCACCUCAGUCGACAGGCAGAGCGGGAACCACCAUGAAGACCCGUGCCAUUCGAUUGAUACCUACUCGCAAAUCCUCCUCGCUGCCCUUGACCAAAUGUACCACUCCCCAACGGUUCUGGAACACAAUUUUGACUCGACAGCGGAGCUGGCGCGGCUGCACAAUACUCGUGGACUAAUUCCACACGUGCCCGGCACGUCUUUCCAGACCCACUUUGGGCACCUGGUGGGCUACGCCGCGACCUAUUACUCCUAUCUUUUCGACCGCGCGAUUGCAUCUCGGGUGUGGCGCAACGUCUUUUCGGCGGACCCCCUGGAGCGGGCGACGGGAGAAAAGUACAAAAGAGAGGUCCUUGGUUAUGGCGGGGGCAAGGACCCGUGGAAGAUGGUGAGCACUCUGCUGAAUGCACCGCAGCUGGAAAGCGGUGAUGCAGAGGCGAUGAGGGAGGUCGGGAGGUGGAGAAUAGAAGAUGAUAUUCCAGGACGGCAUUAA